AUGCACUUCCUCGAGUCCGCCGUUACCGCCUUGCUGCUGGCUACCAGCGCUGUGGCCAUUCCAAUCGAGUCGCCCCUCGACUUGAUCAAGCGCGCCCCCAGCGCUGGCGUCGUGAUCCAGAAGUGCUCCAAGCCUGGCGUCCUCGCCCUCGCUUACGACGAUGGCCCGUACCAGUACACCUCCCAGCUGGUCGACAUCCUCAACAACGGCGGCGCUAAGGCCACUUUCUUCAUGACGGGCACUCUUUACGGCUGCAUCUACAACCAAAAGACCGCCGUCAAGAAGGCCUUCGACUCCGGCCACCAGAUCGCCUCGCACACCUGGACGCACCCCUCCAACUUCGGCAGUCUGAGCUCCUCGCAGCUCACCACCGAGAUGCAGAAGCUCGAGCAGGCCAUGGUCAACAUCAUAGGCAAGAAGCCCGCCUACAUGCGCCCGCCCUACCUGGCCACCGGCGGCUCCGUUCUCUCGACCAUGGGAUCUCUCGGUUACAAGGUCAUCACGGAUGAUGUCGACAGCGGCGACUGGAACAACCAGACCCCUGCGCAGAGCGAGGCCAAGUUCACGGCCGCCGGCGCCAGCGGCAACGGACACAUCCCUCUCAUGCACGAGACCUACGCCACCACGGUGCAGACCCUGACGCCCUGGUUGAUCAACUGGGCUAAGCAGAACAACCUCAAGCUGGUUACUGUUGGUAAGUGA